GGACUGUAGAGCAGUCUUCAGGAUGGCUUCUCUUGUGCUGUUGCCUCUGUUGGUGUUAUUAGCUGCAUCUCAAACAACUAGUGUUGAAAUACACAGGCACAUCGGUACAUCGCUGUCUUUCACGCCGAAGGGAAAGGACUUGAACGGGUCUUAUGAGGUGGAAUUUCGCAUUAAGCUAACUGGAUAUGAAGGCCAUGUGGACUGGCAUGGUUGCACAUUUGGUGACUGUGGGGUGGAGACCUCCACAUUCACCACAAUUGACAGCGAUUCAUUUAAUCUCACCUGGCGACAACUUGUUAAAGUAUCAAGGAGGAAACUCAACACCAACUUGCCUUUUCAAGUUAGCUAUCCAACAAGGUACAACUGGUUCUGGAGGAGGGGCUACUGGAUAGACAAUGCUGUAGGCCCACAAAUUAAAUGGACAAUGUUAACAUACGUGGAUCCGGGAACCAGAUCUGAUACCGGCAAACCAAACCAACCUCCUAUCACAACCAUCGUCCCGAUUAUUCGAGUGACAAAGCAGUGUCCUCGAAAGAUCAAUCUGACUGUUUUUGAUCCUGAUGGGGAUCGUGUGAGCUGCAGAGCACCAGUACAUAGAUACGUUCCUCAUGAGGCAUGUGGAUUUUGCCGUCUUGACAGCGGAUUCUCUCUAGAUAUGAACUCCUGCUCUCUUACAUAUGAAUACAGUGACUACACUGGAUACCACCCUAUUGAGCUUGUGUUUGAGGACUUUCCCAACAAAGAUAUCACAGUGUCCUACUCUGAUGGAUCCUACACAACAAAACGGCCGCAACCAGUUAUGGACCGAAAGCGUCGAUCCCCCACUUAUUAUCUUUCAACCACAGCCGCACCAACCACCACAGCCGCACCAACAACCACAGCCGCACCAACCACCACAGCCGCACCAACCACCACAGCCGCUCCAACCACCACAGCCGCACCAACCACCACAGCCGCACCAACCACCACAGCCGCUCCAACCACCACAGCCGCACCAACCACCACAGCCGCACCAACCACCACAGCCGCACCAACAACCACAGCCGCUCCAACCACCACAGCCGCUCCAACCACCCAAGCCGCUCCAACAACCACAGCCGCUCCAACAACCACAGCAGCUCCAACCACCACAGCCGCACCAACAACCACAGCAGCUCCAACCACCACAGCCGCACCAACAACCACAGCAGCUCCAACCACCACAGCCGCACCAACCACCACAGCCGCUCCAACCACCACAGCCGCACUAACAACCACAGCCGCUCCAACCACCACAGCCGCACCAACAACCACAGCCGCUCCAACCACCACAGCCGCACCAACCACCACAGCCGCACCAACAACUACAGCCGCACCAACAACUACAGCAGCUCUAACCACCACAGCCGCACCAACCACCACAGCCGCACCAACCACCACAGCCGCACCAACAACCACAGCCGCACCAACAACUACAGCAGCUCUAACCACCACAGCCGCACCAACCACCACAGCUUCAUAUACCACCACCCCCUUUGGAUGA